CAACACCAAGAACCGAGCAAGGAGAAAUCUGCAGCACUUGAGCUCUUAAUAAUUGGAGAGAAGAGUCCUGUCGGCAAACGCUUUCGAUCUAUAACUAACAGAAACAGCAACAGAAAAAAGGAUGACGUUCUACGACUCCGUGUACCCCUUCUACCCCCACAAAAUGACCUCGUAUAUCUUUAAUAUUAACCAGCUUAUUGUCAUUCUGGUGUUUUUGGUCUUUAUUUGCACGUUUCUCAUAAUCCUUCCGGGAAUCAGAGGAAAAGCGAGGAUGUUCUGGAUGUUUCGAAUUAUUCUCAGCCUGUUCAUUGGUGUGGUGAUUGUCGUGGUGAAUUUUACCAGCGACUGGGCAAUCGGUUACAUUAGAUCAAACACAACGUACAAAUACUUCAGUGAUGCGACUGUCGAUGCAGAGAUCGGGCUGCACGUCGGCUUAACAGGCAUUAACGUGACACUCACAGGUAAUCCAGUACAUCAGCUAAAUGAAACCAUAGACUACAAUGAAAGGUUCCUGUGGACUGGUAACUAUGAUGAAGAGUACACUGAAGGUCUACGGAAAGGUUUACCUAAUCCCAUACUCUACCUGGCAGAGAAGUUCUCCCAUGACAGCCCCUGUGGCCUUUACUUCCAGUAUAAAUACUCGGGACGCUAUGCAUCGGCAACAAUGUGGACAGCCUUCUGCUGCUGGCUCAUCUCCAAUGUUCUCCUAUCCAUGCCCGUCAUCGUUUACGGCGGAUACAUGCUAGUCACGACGGGCACAUUCAUGAUCUUUUCGCUGAUUUCCUUUUCCACCAUAAGGAACGUCCCAUCUUGUGUCAUAAGUUUGGGCUCCAUGGCUCUUAAUACCAACUUUGGGGGCUCGUUCUGGCUCUCAUUGGCUACAGGCCUCCUGUGUAUUCUUCUUGGCACUGUCAUCAUCAUCUUGGACAUCUGCAUUCCUGAGAAGCUGAAGAUAUUUUUCAAUGCCAUUGAUGUGGAUGAUGAAGACAGCGAUGGCAGUCUUACAAUGUGCUAUGUCAAUAUUUCAUUUAUCGAGAAACAUAAUGCAAUGUCAUUAGAAAAUGUCAAAUGUGUGGAUGGAAACAAGACCUUCAUAAAUUAUGGAGUAUGAAGAAUGCGUGUCGAUUUGCAUUGAUAAAAGGGGAAUCUUGAUCAAUCCAUGUAUUCCACUCGCAUGAAGACCCAUAGGAUGAGAGAUUUAUUUGGGGCUCUGGAAGUUCCAGCAGUUUUUAUCCAAAAACUGUGGCCUGCUGGCUGCCUAAAGAAUAAGGAUACCCAGAAGGAAGAGUCUAUGGAAGGGGAAUUACCCGCUCCAUCUUGGCUGCUCUGUCCUGAUGUCUUCUACUUGACUGUCACAAUGCAUUUAUUGCACUUAAUACGGUGCUGCUAAUUCUAAACUGAGGUCUGGAGGAUCUUCUCAAGUGCAAUAUAUUUUUUGUCUUUGUAUAUAAAUGUCUUGCUCAAUUAGA